AUGGCGGCAGGCAGGAGAUCCAAGGCAGACGCCCUAGCCAAAAGGAUGGGUGACGUAGUGGGCUCCUACGUGGAGGUUGGCAGGCCCGAAAAAACUGAGGAGUUAAGGGUGACUGGACUAGACGAGUCCAUCACCCGGGAGGAGGUCGUGGAGGCGGUAGCCAAGAAGAGGGGCUGCCCCACCAGUGAGGUGACUGCCGGGGCAUUGCAACCGGGACAGGCAUGGGGAUGA